AAUCUGAAGAAGAAGAAGAAGAAGAGCAGCAACCUUCCUGGUUUUUCAUGAAACUGGUUUUUCAGUGAAAUGGCUGGCAAGCAACAACAUCAACUUGAGGAGCAACAGUUCUACUGUUCAGUAUGUCUGGACCUGUUAAAAGAGCCAGUCACCAUUCCCUGUGGACACAGUUACUGCAGAGGCUGUAUUGAAGUUUGCUGGGACCAGAGAGAGGAGAAGGGAACGUACAGCUGCCCUCAGUGCAGGGAGACCUUCAGUCCCAGGCCUGUUCUGAGGAGGAACAACAUGCUGGCUGAGGUUGUUGAAAUGUUGAAGAGAACAAGCACCCAGCAGGCUGCUCCCCCUGCUGCUGUGGCCUGUGCCGGCCCGGAAGAUGUCGCCUGUGAUUUCUGCUGUGGGAAACGAAACAAAGCCACGACGUCUUGCCUGACGUGUUUGGCAUCUUACUGUCCAGCUCACCUCGAGCCUCACUACAGUGUUCCUGUGUUGAAGAAGCACCAGCUGGUCUCGGCUACAGUCCCCCUACAGGAAAAGAUGUGUACGAAGCACAACAAGCUGAUGGAGGUCUACUGUCAGACAGACAAGCAGCUUGUUUGCUCUCUGUGCAAUCUAGAUGAGCAUAAGGGCCACACAACAACUUCUAUUUCAGUACAGAAGGCUGAGACACAGAAACAUCUGGUUUUGAGUCAAAAGAAAGUCCAGGAGAGAGCCCAGCAGAGAGAGAAGGAGCUGAAGGAGCUGAAACAAGCUGAAGAGAAUCUCAAGAGUUGUGCCCAGACUGCGCUGAAGGACUGUGACAAGAUCUUCGCCGAACUGAUCUCCUCCAUGCAGAGAAGACAUAAAGAGGUGAAGCAGCUGAUCAGAGACCAGGAGAAAACUGCAGUCACUCAGGCUGAGGAGCUUCAGCUGCAGCUGGAGCGGGAGAUCAUUAAGUUGAGGAGGAGAGGCACCGAACUGGAACAGCUGUCACGUACUGAUGAUCACAUCCAUUUGAUUCAGAUUUUCCAGUCUCUCUCCACCUCCUGUGACUCUCCAGACUUUUCACCUGGUGCUGGUCCUCCGCGAUCCUUCAGAGAUGUGACCGACUGCGUGUCUGAGCUGAGAGAUAAAUUAGAGACUGCCCUAAGAGACACAUGGCCCAGGAUCUCUGCUACAGUCUCUUAUGUUGACUUCUCACUACCGCCGGCACCGAAAAGCAGAGAAGAGUUUUUACGUUAUUGCUGUCCCCUCACACUGGAUGUGACCUCAAACUACCCCUAUCUCAAAGUGAUAUGCAACAACCGCAGGGUGAGGCCUUCACCAAGCCCAUAUGCUGCUGAGCCAGACAGGUUUACUAAGUUUCCUCAGGUGCUGUGUAGAGAGGGUUUGUCAGAGCGAUGUUACUGGGAGGUAGAGGGGUAUGCUCGCACUCUGUCAGCAGCAGUGGCAUAUAAGGACAUCGACCGAACAUCAGAUGGGUCACAGUUUGGAAACAAUGACAAGUCCUGGAGUUUAGAGUGCACAGCAAACGGUUACUCAUUCCAUCACAAUAAUGUAGAAACGGCAGUGUCAGGCCCUCACUCCUACACGAUUGGAGUGUAUCUGGAUUAUAAAGCAGGCACUCUGUGUUUUUAUCAUGUCUCUGACCCGAUGGUUCUCCUUCACAAAGUCCAGACCACGUUCACCCAGCCUCUUUAUCCUGGGCUUGGGCUAAAGUAUGAGUGGUAUGAUGUUGGAGUGUUUGCAGAGCUGGUCAAGUUAUGGUAGUAAAAGUGUGUCUGUGUGUAAUAGCAAUCUGAAGAUUUUUUUUUUUCUGUGCUGCAACAACAAUUCCCACUGAUCCCAAAAAAGUCCCAAAAAACUGAAAAUAAAUAAAUAAAUAAUAAAAAAAAUGACUGCAACUAUUUAGUACAUAGCUCCAUAGCUUUUGCAUUGUACCAUGAAAUAUUCGUUUUCCUCUAUUAACUGCUCCAUUGGUGUUGAGAGCAAAGAAAUCUGUAAUCCACAAACACUUUAGAAUUUGCACAAAAAACAGAUUUAUUUUCUUCAUUUCCCAUUUUAUAAUAACUUCCUUCAUGUCCCCUCCAGCACUUUGUAAUAGACGAAUAUAUAAUAGUAAUAGAAAGUUUGUAUCAUUCUGCUUUGCUGUUCAGAUGUAAUUAAGUAAGGAAGGUGUAAACCUUGUGAUAAAACUUGUCUCAGCCUGAAUAAAGUAAAUCCAUGCAAUCACA